UGAAUUAUUAAAUUAAUGUGCUCUGCAGAUUGUCCCGUGUUUAGGCAAGCGAUACACGAUAGUUUUUGUUGGGUCUUAACGGGGUCUCCAGCAUCGGUAAAUUUUAGAGAGCAUUCGAUAGGCACCGGCAUUGCAAAUAGGAGAACGCACGGAAAUCAGUGGUGAAAUAAAACAACAAAGCCUAAUUUAUUUAUCUGGGAUUUGCUGAGUGUCUUUUGUCUCGACGAAAGAUGUACGCUUCGCGGAGUUAGUGGGAAUGCGAUGGUCAGGUUGCCGACUUCAAAGACAUUGAGUGCUUCGCUCUGGUAAGCUGUACGGAACAUAUCUAGCGUGAAUUUGCCGGCAAAUCUUAGUAAUAAUACUAUUCAUAUUGUGCAAUGCACCGCGGAGAUUUGUCUUUCCAUGCAAUUCAUCGCAACUAAAAAAAAGUCAGUUUUACCGGCAACUUCCAAGCAGUGUCAUUCUUGCCUGAAAAUCGUCGGCACUUUUGUUGAACGCACAUUAAAUUAUGAAAUAUUUCGCAUAAAAGAUUCUUUACAGCCGUUUAUCCAGGGUUUUUUGUGGUAGCAUUUAUGCUAAGAAGGCGAGGUUGUUACAUGAAAUACGUUUAUCUACUUUCCUAUUCAACCCUGUAAUAAUCAUUGUGAUUUCAACGCCGUACGAUUAGUAGAAAAACAAUGCACCAGACUCUAUCUACAAGGACAAAUACAUUGAAUUCAAGCAGUCUUAUUAUUUAGCAUAGAGACACCGUACGUAGCGCACUGUCAUGUAUUAUUACUGCCCUUGGACAACACUUGAUUGAAUUGACUGGAAAAAUAUAUUCUGCGGCUUGUCAUACCUUCUGAAACAAUCUAUGUAACGACUAAUGACAAUGAUGUCGCAAGGAAACUACUAAUUCAUUAGGAUAUUGGCAUUUCUUCAGAUUUUUGGCCUAAGCCUAGGUGUUCUUAUUGGAGUAUUUUUACGCGUCUGGCGUAGGCAACAUGGAGCGUGUACUAGGCUACGUGUUUGCCAGUUGGAUUGCCAGCCUAUACAUGGUCACGCCUCUAUCAGCCUGUCCAGAAAAUUGCGAUUGUCCAUUGAUGGAAUUAAGAAUUGAAUGUGAUGAUCUCAACACACUGCCAUCACUCCCAAUCUUUGAGGAUGACCCCGAUAUACAUGCUUAUAUUGAAGAACUUGUGAUAGAGAAUCAAAAUACGAUAACACGGAUUGACAAUUUAACGCUGAGGGCGUUUCCUCGUCUAGAAAUUCUAAAACUUGCUAGGAAUAAUAUAAAGGAGAUAGACCAUGAUGCAUUUGCUGGCAACAAGAAGCUGUCUAAGAUAGAACUAGACCAAAACGACCUUAAAUAUGUACCAUGGCAACCGUUUGCGUAUCUGUUUAAUCUCCAGGAAUUAACAUUGAAGGACAAUCCUCUAAAAUGUGGCCAAUGUAACCACCGGUGGCUCCAGGAGUUGAUGCACGAAGGUAAAGUGGAUAAAGAGCUCAUGUGUUGGACUGAAGUAGGAGACGCCGCGAAAGAGCAGAAAGUCAAACUUAUUGAUAUUGCGUUCCAAAAUUGCACUUUACCUACUGUUAAUGUAACGGAAAAGACGGUUGUUCUGCAAGAAACUCAGCAAAUUGAAAUCGACUGCGUGGCCAGUGGCUCCCCACCACCGACGGUUAAAUGGUUGUUUACCCCUUACAAUCAUACCAUCGUUGACAUAGAGAAUGGCAAGAAACUUCGUGUUCACAGUGCACAUCGAAAUGACAAUGGUAAAGUAUUAUGCGAGGCUAGCAACGAAGCAGGAAAUGACGUACAAAUUGUUAAUUUCACUGUGCAGUUUCCUCCCAAGAUUAACGACUAUUAUGUGAUUUUGGAAGAGGAGAUUUUCUACAAGACAUUGGUUUUCAAUAUUUCUGGUAUUCCUAUGCCAGAAAUUGAGAUUUACCACGACGGUGAAAAACAGCGGAUUGAUACAGAAGGAAGCUUUUUGAAAAGCGGAGAUAACACUUUUUCCCCUACACGAACAAGCUUCAACGGCUCCGUAUAUUUUGUUCGUUGUUCGCACGCCAAUAACGGCAACUAUACACUGAUUAUCAAGAACAAGUUUGGAACGGAUAACGCGACUCUGUAUAACGUCACGUUGGUGGUCGAUCCGGGCCCAGAAUUUGUUCCAGUUAACAGCACUGUUUUGCCGACAUAUAAAACUCCUAUAACUGUGUAUGAUCCAAAAGGUUCGCUAACAGUACCGUAUGUAAUUGUGCCGGCUAUAUUAGCUGCUGCCUUCGUCUUCGCGUUAGUCUGUGUAAUAAAGUCUCGACACAAAAAAAGAAGUAGACAUCUUCCUUUCGAAAACGGCGAGGUUCUGGAUCCUUUAAGACCGCAUGCACCGACACUACCAAUGGUUGAAAAUCCCAACUACCUUAAUGGAAUACAAACUCACCAUAUUGAUAGAAACAAGAUCCAUUUUAUGAAAGCACUUGGUGAAGGCGCUUUUGGUCUCGUCUACCUGGGAACUUACAAAUGUGUGAACGACCCCUUAAAUGACACUCGUGUUGCUGUCAAACGUCUGAAGGACGCUGCGCGUGGUGACGCACGCAAGGAUUUCGAGCGGGAAGCCGAGCUAUUAGCAAAUCUUCAGCACGAUAAUAUUGUAACGUUUUAUGGUGUUUGUAUGGAGAAGGAACCAUUUUUGAUGGUGUUUGAGUACAUGGAGAAUGGUGACCUCAACAACUAUCUGAGAUGCCGAGGCCCUGAUGCCGAUUGUUUGACGAAGGAUGAAGUGUCCCUUCUUCCCUUGACGUACAAUGAGUUACUUUACAUUGCUAAACAGAUUGCGUCUGGAAUGGUUUAUAUGGCAUCGCAACAUUUUGUGCAUCGUGAUAUGGCUACACGUAACUGCCUUGUCGGUGAGCGUCUGGUGGUGAAGAUAGCUGACUUUGGCAUGUCGCGUGAUGUAUAUAGUACGGAUUAUUAUAGGAUUGGUGGACAGACUAUGUUGCCUGUGCGAUGGAUGCCACCGGAGAGUAUCAAUUACCGAACGAACACGAUAGAGAGUGAUGUAUGGAGUUACGGAGUUGUACUUUGGGAGAUAUUUGAAUAUGGAAAGCAACCGUGGUUUGGACUCUCAAACGUGGAGGUUAUAGAGAAGAUACUUAGUAAUCAACAACUCGAAUGUCCAAAGGCCUGUCCCAAAGAAAUCUUCGAAAUUGUCAAAGGAUGUUGGGAGAGGAAGCCCCAAGACAGGUUACCAAUAAAGGAAAUCUACGAAAGGAUAUCCAAGUUCUCCGAAGUAAUGCCACCAUUUCUGGAUAUGUCAGGAAAGAACACGCUCGUUUGAAAUCAUAACGAUUGAUGAAUUUUAAUUAUGUUUAGUGAUUAUGUUUUUCGGUUUUGUUUACGUUUGUUGUAUUGCCAUCCAGAAUAUAGUAUCAUAAAAGCACAAUACCGAUGAACUCCUUCAGAUGAGGUGGUGUUGAUAACGCUUGUCAAGCGACACAGAGUUUCAGAUGGACUCCGUCCAGAUAUCUGCAAGAAUAAGACAAUUAAUGCCAAUAUACGAGAAGCACCCUUCUUGCUGUACUUACUCGAACGUUGUCGCCCGCAUAAAUUGUGUUAUUAAUUUUAAUCGCACAAUAAAUUGAACCACUAUAGCGAAAGAGAUGUUACACGUAAUGCAACUUGACAUGGUGAGGUUAUUCCAGAAAUACCUUAUAUGGUAAUGCUUGUCAAAUGGCUCUUCAAAUGUAUUGUAUAAGGACAGCUAAUAGCGGUCAUCCAUUGAGAUCAUGCCAUCGGUGGAUUGUUGAAAUAUUUUAUUAAAUGUUGCGAUGAUGUGAGGUAUACAGUACACUUGCUGUGCUGACCUAAUAUAUUAUUUUAUUGACAGGGUUUAUUUAAAACUGUUAAUUGAUUAUUUUAAUAUUCCAGUCUUUCAUGACUGAGUGUUAGUGAAUUGCGCCACGGAAUGCAAUGCUACAAGACUCCGAAAACGAAUCAUGUGGGAACCAGAGUAGUAUUAAGCAUGCAUGAUAGAAACACGCGUGUGCUUCAUUAGCGUUGGCCUUGUUAUUUGGAAAAGUCUCGUUCUUAUAUCCUAUUGUGUGGAAGCGAUUUUCAUUACCCCUCCGUCUUAUCAAACAACUCGCUUAAUGUAAUUCAAAAUUUUAUGAAACUACUUGAAUUUCGAUGAUGGCUUUAAUAUUAUAAUUGUGUGUUAUGGUAAAUAUACAUUAUUUUGUUUUAUGGUAAAUAUACAUUAUUUUGUUUUGCAUGGAAUUGUUGAAAUCAUAAAAGCAAUUAAUCAAAAUCUCUAUUAUUUAAAGUAUACCGGUAGGCCUAUAGCCUACAUUCACAUUCAUAAAAGCUCGAUAUAAAUUAAUCUAUAAUGUUUUCGAUCAACCUUAUGCUAAACUGAACAUAUACGAGACUGCAUUGUUUUUGAAUAUUUUAUUAUUAUGUUAUUAUAAUUUUUAUUAUUAUAUACCUUGAACUUUCUGAUGGAUUUGAAAUCCACCCUCUACAAAUAUUAUGAGUUUGAAUAUAGUUUAUCUACAUAAGUAAUGUCAAAUAAGUUUGCAAAUAUGAAGGAUUUCCUAGAUUUAAUGCGAGGUAUAGUGUUGGAAGUAUAAUAGUUAGAAGUGUUUAUAAAGAAGAUAAUUAAAAACAAUUGUAUAUAUGUGAUAUUUUAUGAUUUCUGCUCAAAAUUUUCGUCAGGUCAAUUAUGUUAACACCCCUUGUAAAUAAUCGAAAGAAUCUAGAUUAAGAUUGGGGUUGAUAAAAGCUACGUGUGUAUCUAUAAGGAAAGAGUUCGAAUUGAAACGUCUUUCUCGGUUUCGUUCUUGAUGCAAGUAAGAUGUAGAUUUAAGUGCUUCUUAGGUAUGACCAUCAAUGGUACGAUUUAUAAAUACUUGCCGCCAUGAAAGUAACUUAUUAUAAAUCUAAAUAUACAAAUUUAAGUGGUAUAAACACGAAUGCGAAGACCGAACUUUAUUAUUGCUACAUUACUCAUAGUUCUAAUAGAGCACGUAUGUGUCGCUCGAGUAUUGAAAGUACGGUAUCAGCUUCAAUGUAAUUCUACGCAUUGUUGAAUAUACGCUAGUUAUUGUUGGGAGGGAGAUGUGAAGAUUACAGCUUGACACUACAAAAUACUUUAAAAAUCAGGGCUUAUCUAUAAUCAUAUAUGGGUUAUAGGCCCUAUUCCUUAAACACAUAUUGAAAAGGGCGCCCCUAUUAUUUGUCUAGACACUAAUUUGAUAACGGCUUGUAGGCCUAUAUCUCCACAAAUGACUUAAUGUUACGUCAUAAAUCACACAUUGUGGCUUUAAAAUAUUGUGUAUAUGUAUUAGAUAUGACGUAUGCAGAGACGCAUACAGUACGUUAUGUAUACAUACACAUAAGCAUAUAUGCCUGUAGUAAAUAAUUGCAUAAUCAAUCCCCACAUCACACACCGACUUACAUGUAGUAUAUUAUGUAAUAUGUCUUAUUCAUUUACAUUACUUUAUAAAUGAAACCAUGUACAUUAUAAACACGUAUCUGUAGUACACAAAUAAGUAAAAUCCUAAAUAAUGGAUUU